AUGUCACUGUUAACAACGUCAAUUGACAAUCUAAUGACGGAAGCGAGUGAUGUGUUUUCCAAAAACUCGCCCGCUAAGAUUUUGAUUGAUGCUGCCAAUUCAGAACAACGUUUACAAUCAAUCCCUGACAAACACAAUGAAUCAAAUGAACAGGAAUCAAACGUCGCCCAUCCAGAUAACUCGAUUGACAAAUCAAACCCGGUAAGUGUUGAAACUGAUGAUGGCGGUUAUGACAACGAAGACGAACAAGAAAAUCGUUCCGACACCGAUUCUCACUUUCACAGAACCGUUCUUCAAUCUCAUGUUAUCAUCAAUCGUCCUCAAUCUAACCAUAGUUUACUUGCUGAAUUUGCUGUUGGUUCUUCUGCUGCUACUAAUGAAAAUGUUGACCCUGAAUCGUUGUUUGGAUUUCCUGAUUCCGCUAUUUUUAGAAAGAAUCAAACCAGUGGUAAUGCAUUUAAGGUUCAAGACUUGAAUGGUGAACCUAUUGAAUUAGAAACUGCUACUGGUUCUGAGGUUAAGGUUGAAGGACUUGAUAGUGCUCUUGCAAACAUGUCAGUUUCGUCAAUUAUUAAGGAUGACUUCAACUCGCCGGUUAAGGAAGUUCUUGAUGAAGUUGCUGUUACUGAAACUGCCGAUCAAUCUGUUAUUACCAGCUCCACUGUUGAACCACCCUUGGAAAGCUCCACUCCCAAACAAAACCCAGUUGUUGAAGCUCUUCGUGUUGAGCCAAAAAUGAAAGAAUUCAAGCUUAUCAGUCCUUCCAAGAACUUUAUUGAAAAUACUGCUAUUGUCGCUAACUCCAAACUUGAUGAAUACUCUUGGAUUUCUAAUGAUUAUAAUAAUCUUUUCGGUAAUAAGUCAUUUACUCGGGAAAUUAACUUGAGUAAAUUAUUACGUUUUGAAGAAAAGUUGCCCAAUUUACUUGACGAAAAUGAUAUCUAUAUUUCCACGAGGAUUCUCAAUCCAGGUAAGAUUCUCUCUGGUUUUUUCAAGGACGGGAACAAACGUAAUGUUUACAUUGAUUUGAUUUUGAACAACAAUGGGUUCACCAUCUUUUCACAGAUUUUGAAAUACUUUUCUGAACAUGAAAAGGAAGCUAAUUCCAAGAUUAUUGAUAUCCUUGUUAGAAUUCUGGCUACCACCGUGGAACAAUUACGUUACUUUGUUGAGAAAUUUCUGGAACUGAAGGUUUACCAAAAGGUUAAGUUGUUGGGAUUAUUUCUGGGUUUGCACGUUUAUUCCGAUAAUAAUUUUCCUAUUGAGGUUAGUGAUGAAAAGUUGAAAUUGCCUGCUAAGUUAGAGAAGUUGUGUUUAUCUGCUGGAUUAAAUGUAACUGAUUUUGUUCAAUUGCCUUAUUCAAUUAAACACAUUGGAUUAUACAAUGUUCCAUCUUUGAAUGUUUCCAAAUUUAAUAACAAGCGAUUAGAUUGUGUGCAUAUUAGCAGUGGUGAUCCAAUUGAGUUUAUUGGAAGACAAGAUAAUUUUCCAAAAUCUUUUUUAGAUUUGAAAGAUUUAAAGCUUGAUUCAUCGAUUGUUGUCAAUCCCCAAUUUGAUAAGUUUUCCCAUUUGGUCAAUUUAAGUAUUAGGAAUUUGGAUUUUGCAACCACGAGACAAUUGACUUUUCCUUCAUGUUUAAAAAAGUUGGAGUUUAUUGAUUGUUGUAUCUCGUCUCAUAUCUCAUCUUUCCCUGACUCGUUAAAGACCUUGAUUGUAAAAGGUGGCAAGUGGAAUAAGAAACGGAAUUGUAAUUUGACUCGGGUUCAAAAAUUAACGGUUGUUAAAGCUGAUGUGAAGGAUUUGCAUGAAAAAUUGGUCUCGGCUAGAAGUUUGUUGUAUCUUGAAAUUGUUGAUGUUGAAGUUGAUAAGUUGGAACUUCCUUCCGGGUUAAAGAAUUUGAAAUUAUUAUCGGUUAAUUUAAGUUUGUUUGAUGUUCGAAAUUUCCCCAAUGGUUUGGAAACUGUGGUGUUGGAUGAUAAUAAAAUUUCCUGGACUGAUCAUUUGGUCAAGUUAAAACAAGUUAAAUCGUUGAAGAUUACUAAUAAUGGUAUUUAUGGAAGAGUUAGUUUAAGUGAAUGCCUGAAGUUGGAAGAUGUCGCUGUUUAUGAUAAUGACGGGUUAUUGGCCAUUAAACUUCCAAAUUCAGUUAAAUCAUUAAAUGUGGCCAAUACCAAGGUACAUGAAAUUUGUGGAGAUAAUUUAACUAAAUUGAAUGUGAACGGAUGUACCAAGAUUGAUUGGGAAUCGUUUAAUAUCCCUGCAUCAGUCACUCACUUAACUGCCCAGGGAUGUGGAUUAACCAGAUUUGAAUAUGGAAUCAGAAAUGAUGGUUUAAAGGUUUUAAAUAUUGCCAAUAAUAACAUUGAACAACUUGAUUUACACAAGUUCAAUAGUAUUCAAGAUUUAGAUUUGUCCAGCAACCAAUUGAAGCGUCUUGUCAAGCUUCCCCUUAGUUUGAAAUCUAUUAAUGCUGGAAACAACAGAAUUUCUGAAGUUGAUGUUGCAAUGUUGGAAACCCUUGAAUGGCUUGAAUUGUCUAAUAAUCAUAUAACUAGUCUCACACGUGUUCACGUUCCAAUUUGUUUGCGUACUCUCUUGUUGAAUAAUAACCAAUUCGGUCGAUUCGCCCAGCAUGAAUUUGAUAUCCCUUCUAAGUUGUGUCAUUUAGAAUUAAAUGGAUGUAAUUUGUCUGAAUUUGUUCAAGUAUUACCUAGCAGCUUGUUGUCAUUUUGUGCUUCUAAUAAUAAGUUAAACCGUCUUCGCUUCAGAUUUGUUUUUGCUAGUGUUUCCAAUUUAAAGUAUGUUGAUUUGCAUCUGAAUAUUUUUGAUCUGUUUGAUUUUUCACUUUUCAAAGGAAUUGAAAUUGCGGAACUUAACUUAAGUGACAACUUAUUUGCUGAAGCUCCCAAUAUCCCUGAUAAUAUCCUUACUGCUUUGAUUUAACUUAGAUGUAUUGGCUCGUAUAUAAUUGCAUAUUUAUCUAUUUAAUCUUGUAUCGUGUGAGAUGGUAACUGUAGU